GUUAUCCUGUCUGAUACCAACAGCAAGCAACCAUGGACGCGGCAACGAUCGAAGAGACAAAUCGCAUCCGAAUCUCGCUGGGCAUGAAGCCUUUGCCGGUACCCGGAGCCCAGGUAUCGCAUCAAGCUUCAGCGUCCGACGACGACGAAGAACCCGGAAGCACCGUCGAGAGUCGCCAAGCCCAGGCAUAUGACAACUACAAAAGGGUGCAGGACGAAGAAGCUGCCAAGAAACGACGCGAAGAGAAGGCUACCGCCGUACGAAAAGCCCGUGAAAAGGCUCAGCGAUUUGCUCUUUUAGAGGGCAAGGGACUCGGCGAAGAAGGCCAAAGCAGUGAUCUUGAUGCAAAGGCGUGGUUGACAGGGCAGAAGAAGCGACAAAAGAAGAUUGACACAGCAAGGAAGCUAGAAGAGGAGCUUGCUGCAGCAGAGGCAGCGGCAGCGGCAGCCAUACAAUACACCUCUAAGGACCUCGCAGGCAUCAAGGUUGCUCACGAUUCAACAUCCUUUCUAGACGGAGACGAACAAAUCCUUACUUUGAAAGAUACGACAAUUGACGAAAAUGAGGAAGAGGGAGAUGAGCUUGAGAAUUUGGGUAUCAAAGAGCAAGAGAAGCUCAGUGAAAGAUUGGACCUCAAGAAGAAGCUGAAGGGCUACAACCCCAAUGAUUAUGAUGAUGGCGAGGGCACUAUCCUGGCACAAUACGACGAGGAGAUCAAUGGCAAAAAAGCCAAGAGAUUUACUCUCGAUGACGACGGAGCCAUCGCUGAACUGUCAGAUAUCCUGGAUCAGCCAGAAAGGAAGGGGAAGAAGAUUCAAUCAAUAAGUCUUGAUGAUAUUGUCGAUGAUGGUGUGCCUUCAUCAGACUACCUUGCCCCUUCAGAAAUCAAGGUGAAGAAGCCCAAGAAAAAGAAGGGAAGCAAGGGCACAAGGCAGAAGCAGCUUGAUGAAGAUGACAUAUUCCCUUUGGAAACCGCUCCAGUGGAUGCCGGCUCUAUGGACAUUGAUUCUAAGGCUUCUACGACUAAGAAACGGAAAGCUGCCUCUGCUGAUAACUUUGCCGAUGACGACGACCUUCAAGCGUCGUUAGCAAUUCAAAGGAAAAUUGCUCUAAAGAAACGCAAAAAGACGCGGCCUGAAGACAUUGCAAGACAACUGAAAGAAGACGAUGAGGUGCCUGAAGAGGCCCAAAGCGGCGGUCUGGUGAUUGGCGAGAUUUCCGAAUUUGUUGCCGGCCUGAGCAAGCCAGACGAUGAAGAUCGCCAGACCAGGAAGCAAAAACAUACAACAAAAAGCCCUGAAGCAGACGAGGAUCGUGACAUGGGCGAUGGAGAUGGAGACAGAGAUGGAAAUGAAGACUAUGAAAUGGAUGAUUAUUCAGCAGAGAUUGCAGCACACCGAGAAGAAGAAGAGAGGAAUAACAAUAUUAAGCAAGAGGAGGAGGAAGAAGAUGCGGGUAUUGAAGAUGAAAAGAUGGUUGGUACCGGUAUGGGCGCAGCCCUCGCACUGCUUCGAGAACGAGGGCUUCUCGAGUCCCAGGAGAAGACUGGAAGCUAUGAAGACUUUGUUGCUCGCGAAGAAUUCCUUUCCAGGAAGAGAGUCCUAGAGGGUGAAUUGGACGAGCAGACCCGACAACAGAGAGAACGUGACAGAAUGAGCGGCAGGUUAGAUCGCAUGUCCGUUCGAGAGAGAGAAGAGUGGGCACGACAGCAAAACACCCACCGUGACCACCAGCAAUCGAAGAAGAUGGCCGAGCUCUUUAACGCGGGCUACAAGCCAAACAUCGAGUUGAAGUAUGUCGAUGAUCACGGCCGAUUGUUAGACCGCAAGGAGGCCUUUAAGCAUCUCAGCCACCAGUUCCACGGAAAGGGCAGCGGCAAGGGCAAGACCGAGAAGCGCCUCAAGAAGAUUGACGACGAAAAGAGGCGAGAGGCGCAGAGCAUGUUUGACGCGAGCGAAAGUGCCGGCAUGAACUUGGCGACGGCGCAGCAGCUGAAGAAGCGCAGGGAAGCAGGCGUGCGGCUCGGCUAAAGGUUUUCAACAUAACGACGACUUGAGUCGAUAGAACAGCUUCUUUUCUUCUUUUAUCUUUUUUUUUGCGAAAAUUGUCUAACCACUACCUCUCAGCAUAUUUAUUAAUGAAAUACCGCUUGUUGGCUUUAUUAGGGGAAAUUGAUUGAAACCAAAGGUGCUUAU